UUUCGCAAAAAUGAUGAAAUGAAGGCUAUGGAAGUAUUGCCAAUUUUAAAGGAAAAAGUUGCAUACCUUUCAGGUGGCAGAGAUAAGCGUGGAGGUCCCAUUCUAACAUUUCCAGCUCGUAGUAAUCAUGAUAGAAUACGGCAAGAAGACCUUAGAAGACUAAUUUCAUACCUAGCAUGUAUUCCUAGUGAGGAAGUAUGUAAACGAGGAUUCACCGUCAUUGUAGAUAUGCGUGGGUCAAAAUGGGACUCCAUAAAGCCACUGCUGAAGAUUUUACAGGAAUCCUUUCCAUGUUGUAUUCAUGUUGCACUGAUAAUCAAGCCAGACAAUUUCUGGCAGAAACAGAGGACUAACUUUGGCAGCUCUAAGUUUGAGUUUGAGACAAAUAUGGUGUCUCUGGAAGGCCUUACCAAAGUAGUUGAUCCUUCUCAGCUAACCCCAGAAUUUGAUGGCUGUUUGGAAUAUAACCAUGAGGAGUGGAUAGAAAUCAGAGUUGCCUUUGAGGACUAUAUUAGCAAUGCAACCCAUAUGCUGUCCAGACUGGAGGAACUGCAAGAUAUAUUGUCAAAAAAGGAAAUGCCUCAGGACCUGGAAGGCGCUCGCAAUAUGAUAGAGGAGCAUUCACAACUAAAAAAGAAAGUCAUUAAGGCUCCUAUUGAGGACCUUGAUGUGGAAGGACAAAAGCUGCUCCAGCGGAUACAGAGCAGUGACAGCUUUCCCAAAAAGAACUCUGGGUCAGGGAAUGCAGACUUACAGAACCUUUUACCCAAAGUAUCCACCAUGCUGGACAGGCUGCACUCAACACGGCAGCAUCUGCAUCAGAUGUGGCAUGUGCGGAAAUUGAAAUUGGACCAAUGCUUUCAGCUUAGGCUGUUUGAGCAGGAUGCUGAAAAGAUGUUUGACUGGAUCACACACAACAAAGGUCUUUUUCUGAACAGCUAUACAGAGAUUGGAACCAGUCACCCCCACGCAAUGGAGCUUCAGACACAGCACAAUCACUUUGCCAUGAACUGUAUGAAUGUGUAUGUAAACAUAAACCGCAUCAUGUCAGUAGCAAAUCGCCUGGUUGAGUCUGGCCAUUAUGCUUCGCAGCAAAUAAAACAGAUCGCUAGUCAGUUGGAGCAAGAAUGGAAGGCAUUUGCUGCAGCCUUGGAUGAACGUAGCACGUUACUGGAUAUGUCCUCCAUCUUCCAUCAGAAAGCUGAACAGUACAUGAGCAAUGUGGACUCGUGGUGUAAAGCCUGUGGUGAGGUGGAGCUUCCCUCAGAACUGCAAGAUUUAGAAGAUGCUAUCCACCAUCAUCAAGGGAUAUAUGAGCAUAUUACCUUGGCUUACUCUGAGGUGAGCCAAGAUGGAAAGUCACUGCUUGACAAACUUCAGAGACCUUUGACUCCUGGGAGUUCCGAUUCUCUCACCGCUUCUGCCAACUACUCAAAAGCAGUUCAUCAUGUUCUGGAUGUCAUCCAUGAAGUACUUCACCACCAGCGCCAACUGGAAAAUAUUUGGCAGCAUCGAAAGGUCCGCUUGCACCAGCGGCUUCAGCUAUGUGUUUUUCAACAGGAUGUUCAACAGGUGUUGGAUUGGAUUGAAAACCAUGGAGAAGCUUUUCUUAGCAAACAUACUGGAGUGGGAAAAUCCCUACAUCGGGCUAGAGCUUUGCAGAAACGCCAUGAAGACUUUGAAGAGGUUGCGCAGAACACGUACACGAAUGCAGAUAAGCUCCUAGAGGCAGCCGAACAGCUCGCUCAGACUGGGGAGUGUGACCCGGAGGAAAUUUAUCAAGCUGCCCAUCAGCUCGAAGACCGGAUACAGGAUUUUGUUAGGCGUGUGGAGCAGCGCAAGAUCCUGCUGGACAUGUCUGUGUCUUUUCACACUCACGUUAAAGAGCUGUGGACAUGGCUUGAAGAGUUACAGAAAGAACUGCUUGAUGAUGUCUAUGCCGAGUCUGUGGAGGCUGUCCAAGAUCUGAUUAAACGUUUUGGUCAACAACAACAGACCACUCUGCAGGUUACAGUCAACGUCAUAAAAGAAGGCGAAGAUCUUAUACAGCAACUAAGGGAUUCUGCCAUUUCUAGUAACAAGACCCCGCAUAACAGCUCAAUCAACCACAUAGAGACAGUCCUGCAGCAGCUGGAUGAGGCCCAAUCUCAGAUGGAGGAGCUUUUUCAAGAACGCAAGAUCAAGCUUGAGCUGUUUCUGCAGCUCCGCAUAUUUGAACGAGAUGCAAUAGAUAUAAUUUCAGACCUCGAGUCUUGGAAUGAUGAGCUCUCUCAGCAGAUGAAUGACUUUGACACUGAAGAUCUUACAAUAGCAGAACAGAGGCUCCAGCAUCAUGCAGACAAAGCCCUGACCAUGAAUAACUUGACCUUUGAUGUCAUUCACCAAGGGCAGGAUCUGCUGCAGUAUGUCAAUGAAGUGCAGGCAUCUGGUGUUGAGCUGCUUUGUGACAGAGACGUUGACAUGGCCACUCGCGUCCAGGAUCUGCUGGAGUUCCUCCACGAGAAGCAGCAGGAGCUGGACUUGGCAGCUGAGCAGCACCGCAAGCACCUGGAGCAGUGCGUGCAGCUGCGGCACUUGCAGGCUGAAGUCAAGCAGGUAUGUCUCUUACAAAAAUUCAUCUUCCUCAUGAGACUGAAUGAGAACUCCCGACUUGCGAAGCAAUGUGAAAGGGGUCCG